CAACAGUAACCAGACCCUUCUGGCUGACUACGCGCUCUCUGACAACCAUGAAAGUCCCCAGUCCAGGAAUGUGCACAGCCUGAAAGAGAAGAAAGGGUGGAUCAGAAGAAGUUUUGCAGGGGAUGUCAGAAGACUAUUUCCCUCUCACCUCUCCUGCCUGUGAAGAACCAGAGAGUGCAGUCUUUUGGCUCAUAAAGAGACAAACGGGGUUCCCAAGCUGGCAGUCACCCCUAGGCAAUCCACUUUAGUCAUUCAACUCUGCCAGCAGAGGACUCAGGCAGGCCCAGAAAAUGUCCAGCCCUUCUUCCAUCAUUAGGCCUGGACCUCCUGGCAUGUCAGAACUGACAGAGGAGCUAGCCUGUGGCCCAUUUUGCAUUGCAGAGUCCUUCUGGGGCAUGAUUCCUGCUUCCACAGAGGGGAAGAAUAUCUGCGUUCCGUGGCAAAUGGGCUCUCGCGGCUAAAUCGACCGUGAGAGGGAGGAAAGGAGAGGGAGGCAAGUCCCACCUGGUAGAAAGCCAGCUGUUGACUGAGAUAAUAGGAUGCACUGGACCAAAACUUAGCGAGCUCUGGAAAACAAAAGAAAAGACAUGUCAUGCUCCCAGGAGGCCACCUCAAAACAGUUCAGCACCCUGAAUUCCUGCCAAAGGAGUGAUGCGUUUCUGAGACAAGCAGUUCAGUUCCACUGGCGACUCCUGCUUGGAGAUCCCUGGGAAGGCAGGGGCCAGGUCGGGAACAGAACCCAGGAGUCACGCCUGCCCAAGCGCUCCUUCGGCCCCUUGGGUGCUAAGGUAGCUGCCUUCUUGCAGCAACCUGCCCUGCUCAGCCAUGCCCACCUUCCUCCUUCAGGGCUUCCACACCUGUUUUCAGACAUGUCACUGGGCCCGACAGCACGUGUGAAAUUGGGCCUGAGGGCCUUACCAGAAUUUCUGAGCUUCUCAGCAGUUGGAGGCGAGCGAGGUCCCGAGAAGAGGGAUUUUGCCAUCUUGCUUCCCCCCUUGCUGCAGGUCAACAACUGUAGCAGGUGGGCAGCCUUCCGGCAAAACAGUCCUCCUCCUCGGCCCUUCACCCCUGCCCCUAGUUCUGCUUCUCUCUGCCUACUCCUCCUCACGGCACAGCAGCUCCUCCAGAGCACAGCAGCGGCGAGAUCAGCUCCUCGGCAAGCACCUGGAGUCUCUCCGGCCUCUCUGGGAGAUGUGGGGAGGACACGUGGGGUCGUUGAGCUUAAAGGGGGCGGUCACCGCUGUGAUGCAGGGCUAUGCCAUUAUGACCUUAGAACAUGUCACAGAGGGACUGCACACGCCCUGCCACUGGGCCUGUCAGAGGGGCCCCAGUGGUGGCCUGUGGGAGUGGAGCCCUGCGGCUUCCGCACGUCGGAUCAAAGCUACCCAGACAGCUCUGGCGCAAGGACACAGGGAGGGCAUUGUGCAGCGCUGACUCUCAUUAUGGCAAUGGGUUGUGUGCUUUGCGAUCCGUGGGCUAAACACAGCCCUGCGAAGAGCCAAGACUGUGCAGUCUUGCUUUCCCCUUACUAAAGGAGUUGAUGACUAGGUUUCAAGAUUGCUGAAGAAAGGGUUUAGUAAAAAGUAUACAAGCGAAAAUUAUCCGUGUUAGCUCUAUCCAUCAGCUUCAUUAUAUAUUUUGUAUGUGGCCCAAGACAAUUCCUCUUCCUUCAUUCAGGGUGGCCCAGGCAGGCCAAAAGGUUGGACCCUCUUGCGGUAUGUAUUAGAAAAGCCUUUGGUUGCUUGCCUUACUCAUUAGAAGACACAGGGUUUUGUAAUUACAGCAUUUAUUUUUACAAAAGCGGAAGUGGUGACAUCACAGUAAAUGGUCUUGCCAUUCUUUGUAAACACACAAGGAGCAGUGACAAGGAACGCAUCUUUAAACACAGCCGAUGCGUCAAUUUCACAUCCAGUAUGAAAUGGAGAGACACUAUGCUAAAUGGACAGCCAGAGAAGCGAGCUCCCUUUGUGCACAGCUGAGACUUCACCGUGACACACACAGGUCUCAAGGAGUAACUGCUUUCUGCAAACCGCCUGACACAUUUUACCUCUGUUGUUAGCUGCUCACACACUCAGGAAAGUUAACCAUCAGAAAUACCCCGGGUGCCUACCUCCAAGCUCUUUUUCUUCUCCAAGCUCUCUAAUUCGUUUAACAAGGGCCAUUAAAAUGGAAAUCAAACUGAUAAUCCCGUAUUAAAAAUUGAUACAUUUUUGAGGGUUGCAAAGCUGAGAACAGGAGAUUGGAAUCGUAAUCGGUAAUGAAAAGCGGCCUUGAUGAGAAGCUAUUCUCUGGGCAGUUUUCCAGAGUUGCUCCUCGGAUGCACUAGAAUCCUUCCCCUUCGAUGUCACUGUUAAUGUCUUAAUUCCUGAAGGAAAAUGACAUCACAUGUUUGUUUCCUACAUAGAGCAUAUCUGACCUUCCAUGGACUGAAAGGAAGCUUUCAUUUCUAAACAUAGCUUAUUCGUACAAAGGUACUGUAGAAAUCCAUAUUCUCUCAGGAAGUAAAAUACAUGCCUGUAGGCAUCUACAUUGCACACACCUUCAACCAUUAGGUAUUCAACUGAAUGCUCAUGCGUUAUACCAUGGGCACAGGUGGUCUUAAGAUGUGUGACAAACCUAACGGCUUCAAAAUGCUGUUAACUUACUAAGUGGGCUAUCAAACGUCCAGCAGUGCCACAUCAAGUGUAGCUUCUGGUUGAUGUGGAGAUAUUUCACGUUAGCCCACAACAGGACUGAACCGUACUAGAAAAAUACUACACACGGUGUAAGCUGUAAUGAAACCACCUAGCAGGCACCUCAGUUGAGAAAGUAUGGAGAUGCUUCGUAAAACAGAAGCGCGUUUGUUAAAAUAACUUUUGGUAGUCUUCUGUUUCGAGACUGUUUCUGAAUUGUAGAAAUGAAUAAUCCCAGCUCAAAGAGAAAGAUAUGUAUUAGUAGCAACAAGAAACGGCAUGCCUCUUCUGGAGGGAAUCCCCAUUUGAAUCAUUUUUAUAUGGCUCUCAUGGAGCCAUCUGUAACCCCAAAGUCUACCAGUAAUCCAAUGGAAGUACCCCAUUUAUGCAAUUUUUCUAAGAAGGCAAAAGUCAAAGCCUGAAAAACCUAAGUUAGCCAUAAGAUUGAAGUCAAAUUAAACAUUCUCCAAAUUGA